AUGAUUGACUUGUCUAACAUUGGAGUUCAGUACUACAGGACAGUGGAUCAUUUAUGGGAUAGCCCUGUUAAACAGGAACAUAUAAGAACAAAUGUAAUGUGGCCUACUGGAUCUGUUUAUUUCCACCCUUCUUACCCUUUCUACCAAAAGGUCUACCCCAGUGUGAUGUUCCCUUUUAACAUGUCUUCACAAAGCAUUGAUAUCAACAAACCAUUUGGCAUCAGGAGACCAAAGGAUGACUCAAUGAAUAGAUCCCACAUGGAUGGACAUGACGACCACAAACAGAACACUGAGAGAGUUGAUGUCAACAUCCAGAUUGAUGAAAGUUUUUAUGUAGACGUUGGUGAUCAAAAACGUUGGAAAUGUCCAAUGUGUGAGAAGUCAUACACCUCCAAGUAUAAUUUGGUAACGCAUAUUUUGGGUCACAGCGGCAUUAAACCCCAUGCUUGUACACGAUGCGGAAAAUUGUUUAAGCAACUAAGUCAUUUGCAUACGCAUAUGCUUACACACCAGGGCACCCGGCCACAUAAGUGUCAGGUAUGCCAAAAAGCUUUCACCCAAACCAGCCACCUGAAGAGACAUAUGAUGCAGCAUAGUGAAGUGAAGCCCUACAACUGUACAAUAUGUGGAAGAGGGUUCGCUUACCCAAGUGAACUCAAGGUCCAUGAGACGAAGCAUGAGAAUGGACGAGAGAAUGUUUGCGUGGAAUGUGGUCUGGACUUUCCAACACUAGCUCAACUGAAAAGGCAUUUAACAGCCCAUCAAGGUCCUGUGCAGUACAACUGCAGUGAUUGUGAUAAGACGUUCCAGUACCCAAGCCAACUGCAGAAUCAUAUGAUGAAACACAAAGACAUCCGUCCAUAUAUUUGUUCUGAGUGUGGAAUGGAGUUUGUGCAGCCCCAUCAUCUCAAACAGCAUUCUCUUACGCACAAGGUAAGUGACUCAGUUGCUGUCUGCAGGUCCAGCCAAAUGGAACAUAAAACUCGACAUCAAUAUAUUAUUUACAUGCAAAAUGGCAGCAUGACAUUGCAUAACACUGAGGUCAGCAGCACUGACUUUGCAAAAACACAUAAAUAUCUGUUGUAGAACUGUAAUACUCAAGCAUAGAAACCUACCUAUAGACAGCCAAAGCAUGGUUGAGUAUAAUGGGAGUAAUUGGGCUCUGUCAGUGACAUAUAGGCACAACGAACAAGGGGUCCAUGUCUAGAUUUACCUUUUACCUUAGGGAGAGCUAAAGAAUGGGAGUUAUAGUUCAGCAUCAGAGAACUAACCAGGUACAAACUAAAACGCCCUUGAUAAAGGCGGAUAGCGCCGAAACGUUGGGGGCUAUUAUUUUUUGACAUCUUCACCCUCUUCUCAUGUGCUUCAACAAGUUCUAUUUUCGGUAUGUACAUUUUUGGUUCACACUUUGAUACAGGUAUCAUAAGAAUUGUUUUUCUAUAGUUGUGGUUAUAUCACUCUAUGUGUACAUUUCUGAUUGAUCUUUUUGAUCUUAUUCUUUGUCCUUAGUCAGUAAUUACAUAUUACAUAUUCUCUGUAUUUUUGUACUUUAGCUGGUUGUGCUCCUCUUUCUCUGUUUUAUAUUAUUGUAUUAGUAGCCCAUUGGAAAUAGGGUUGUAUGAGUGAGCACCCGUACUGUUAUUUACUGCUUUAAUCAAUUGCACAUGGCUGACAAUUGGGUGUGCGCACCAAUCUUUUGUUAAUAUACACUAGAACGCACACAGACAUAUCUAUCUGUCGGUAUAUCUGCAUAAAACCCAUAUGCAACUAAUUUAUUACCAGUGGUUAACUGUAUUGCAUUAUGAAAAUGGCCAGUAAUCACCAAUAUUGACCAGUUUUGCCAUCAUUGGAAGCUUGUUGGUAAAUAAUUGCAACAAGCAUGGGGUAAUGAUCCUUUGGAUAUUAGUAAAGUAAAAAGUGUGUUUUAGAUAGCAUGCAUCCUUUUAGUCCUUGUAUGAACAAGCUCCAGAUUUGAUUGUUGUGCCUCAGUGUUCAGAUUUGUUAACCACAUACUGGAAAAUAUGUCAAAAAAGUGCAUAUGUCCCCCUGGGAAAUUGUACAGCCCUGAAGAAUAUAUUGGGAGUUUGUAAAUAAUAGUAAUAUGUAUUAUUAUUCAUUAAUAGGUAACCAUGAGGGACAGUGCCUAUUCACAUUAUGGCUCCCUAUUUUUAGGAUAUACUCUUGCUGUUACCCGCCACCACCCUUGAAUAGCAUACAUUCCAGGCACAAAAAUGCACAACAUACAAAAAUUAGCAUACGACCUGCUGAAAUUAUCAGCAGUUACACAUACCCUAAAUCCUAUUAGCUCCAGCAGCCUCCAGUGCCAUUAACCUCCGGUGGAUGCAGCUCUCUGAGCCUGUAGCCAUCAUUCCUGACAAUGUUCACUGGACAGAAGUUGCAAAGUGGGCAAGCUGCACAGCGUAUUGUACAAAGGGCAGUUCUGCCCAUAAAAGGGAGGGCUUGCACCUAAAGAGGGCGGCCAGGCUCAUUAACAGCUUGCCCCACCAAGUAGACCAUGCAUGAUGCGCUGCUGAAGCCAUAGUGCCCAGUCUCCUCCUGUAUUUUGAAGUCUGCUUGCAGAUUUUUAAAAUACGGAACAGAUAUCCAGGAUAUAUUUUUCCUUGAACAGUACUCCAAAAUAUGGGACUGUCCCAACAAAUUCAGGAAUGUUGGCACCCAUAGACUCUGGCUGUAGAUAAAACAGAUAAAGUUCCAGCGCUUCAUCAAGAAAGAAUGUUUUAACCUUUUUAUAUCUACCGCUACAUUGCUACUAGUUGUGGAAAAGACCAGAACAUGGUGAGUGUUCACUACUUGUACUACUUCCACAAUACUUGGAUUUUUAAUUUGUGGAUUGCACCUGCGCAAGCCUUUAGCUUCUUGCAGACUGCAGCUCAAUGGCACAGACUCAGUGGGACAUCUACAACAGUGCAGAUUAGGGAUGUGGAUGGGAAAAAUAUUCGGUUCGGCAUUCCGAAAUUUGGGACUUCAGCACUUCGGAACCCCUGCACUUUGGUUCGGUUCGGCACUUCGGAACUUCGGCACUUCGGAACUUCUACACUUCGGAACUUUGGCACUUCAGAACUUUGGGUAAGUGUAGAAUUAGGAUUAGGGUAGGGUUAGGGUAGGGUUAGAGGUAGGGUUAGAGUAGGGUUUGGGGUAGAGGUAGGGUUAGGAGUAGGUUUAGGGGAAGGGUUAGGGUAGGGUUAGGGUAGGGUUAGGGGAAGGUUAGGGUUAGGGGAAGGUUAGGGGUUACUCUUAAACAAAUCGUUGAUUUGCACCACAUUCCAGGAAUCAGCAUACAAGAUGAUUUCCCAUUGGUACAAAACCCCAGAAAUGCUGGCUGCUAUGCAGGGCCGGUGCAAGGAUUUUUGCUACCCUAGGCAAAAGUAAAGUUUGCUGCCCCCCCAUGUGACAUCACAAUGACCCACCCAUAUGAUCUGCCAUGUUAACUAACGCCAGUGCUGCAGUGCCGCCGUGCCGCCGUGUUUACAUUAAAAGGCCUGCAGGGACAGGCUAUGGACACCAGAACCAUUACAUUAAGCUGAAGUGGUUCUGGGGACUAGAGAUUAGUGCCAUGAAUAAUAUACUAGAUUGCCUACUUACAACCAGAUGAGGAUGAUGAUGGGCUCUAGCUGCAGUCUGGCUCCACUGGUCUGGUGUAGAACAGACUCUCUGGAGGCGGUUUGUAACUGUGGUCACAAAAAUCAAUGUUCUGGGAGAACGGGAAGCAGCUCCAUUUUUUGGGGGCCCUUUACACAGCUCAUGGUCUGGGUCCCAGGGUCCACCUUCAUGUUCCACCAAUGAGUUUGUUCACAGGGGGUGGAGUAGUAGGGGAUGUCCUGAUAUGUGUGUAAGGAAUGCAUUGUGUGAAUCUGUGUUUGUAUGUGUAAGGGCUGCAAGGUGUGUUUCUGUGUAUGUACGGGAUGCAGUGUGUGCAUCUGUAAGGGGUGCAUUGAGUGUGUGUAAGGAAUGCAUUGUGUGUUUCUGUGUGUGUAAGGGAUGCAUUGUGUGUAAGGGUUGCAUUGCUUGUGUGUGUGUCUGUGUGUGUAAUGCAUUGUGUGUUUUUCUGUGUGCAAGGGGUGCAUUGUCUUUGUGAGUAAGGGGUGCAUUGUGUGUGUGAUGGAUGUCAAUCUCUUCUCCCCCCUCUCCUUCCCUUGUCACUCUAUUCUCCCACCCUUGUCCCUCUCUUCUCCCCCCCUUGUCCCUCUCUUCUACCCCCUCCCCUGUCACUCUCUUCUCCCCUGCUUGUCCCUCUCUUCUCCCACCUCCCUUGUCACUCUCUUCUCCCCUGCUUGUCCCUCUCUUCUCCCCUCUUCUCCCCCGUUGUCACUCUCUUCUCCCCUCCCCACUCUCAUUCCCCCUCCCUCCCCCGUCAAUUCCCCUCCCUGUCAAUUUCUUCCCACCCACCCUGUGGAUUUCUUUCCCCUCCCUUUCAAUUUAUUCCCUCCCUUUCAAUUUAUUCCCCCCUUUCAAUUUAUUCCCUCCCCAAUUUAUUUCAAUUUAUUCCCCCCCCUUUCAAUUUAUUCCCCACCCUCCCUUUCAAUUUAUUCCCAAUUUAUCCCCCCCUUUCAAUUUAUUUCCCCACCCCCUUUCAUUUAUUCCCUCCCUUUCAAUUUAUUCCCCCCUUUCAUUUAUUCCCUCCUUUCAAUUUAUUCUCCCUGUCCUCCUGUUAAUUCCCCUUCCUGUUAAUUCCCCCUUCCCUGUCAUCCCCUUCCUGUCAUUUCCCCUUUUCCUGUCAGUUCCACCCCCUUCCUGUCAAUUCCACCCUGUCAGUUCCCUUCCUGUCAGAUCCCCUUCCCUGUUUCCCCUUCCUGUCAGUUCCUUUCCUGUCAAGAUUCCCCUUCCUGUCCUUCCCUGUCCUUCAUUCCCCCCUUCUUCCCUGUCAGUCAUUCCCCGUCAAUUCUCCCCCCCCCACCAUUGUUGUAGCGUGGCCGAGCCCUCUAUUGGUCCGUGGGUACAGGUAUCUCUUGUUUCCUGUACCCGGCCGGACUAAGGAAGUGCACACUCAGUGACAGAUGCUCCCUGUACCCGCUCGGCCAUGCUACAGUAAGGGAGUGACAGGAGGGAGCGCUGAGCGCUUCCCUCCUGUCAGCCCCUCCUGUCAGCCCCUCUCCUCAUGCUGCGCAAAGCUGCAGCCGCCUGAGGCUCUCUACAGAGCGCUCGGGCGGCUGCAGCAUGAGGCGGGCCGGCGCCCCUGGCGGUGCCCCUUCCCAAGGGGCGCCCUAGGCGGCUGCCUAGUCCGCCUAACAGGUAGCGCCGGCCCUGCUGCUAUGACAAACAACUGUAACCCGGAAUGCUGAAGAUGCGGGAGAGAACUCGGCUUUCUAUACCAUAUAUGGUGGACAUGUCCACUCAUCAGACCCUUCUGGGAGGCAAUACAUAAUGUCCUUUGUCCAUUACGGAUGCAAACCUACAACUCACACCGGAAACAUAUCUGCUAACAACACUCCCAUUACGCAGUUUUUUAAAAAGUAGUCAUCCCUCAUCUGCUCAACACGGCACGCAGCCUUAUUCCAUGUCACUGGAAAUGAACUACGACCCCAAUGCUAAGGGAAUGGAUGAACAGGGGAGAGGACAUCAUACAUUGAAGAGCUUAUUCUCUCUGCGGCAGGACAAACACAAACUUACCAUGACACCUGGUACCACUGACUCAGCUGGUUGUCUUCUGCUACACUAACACACACUAACUGUCAUUAUACGCACAGAGAAAUACUGACAUACACACAUACUGACAUUGUACGCAGACAGGAAUACUGACAUAGACACAUACUGACAUUGUAAACACACAGAAUCACUGAAAUACACACGUAUUUAUAUUGAAUAAACACAGGAACUCUAACAUGCACAAAGACUGGCAUUGUACACACAGGAACAAAAACAUGCACAUAUAAUUAAAUGGCACAAAACACAGACACAUACACAAUAGUCACUCCUAAGUUUGGCAAAGGGCGCUUGAAGGCCUCGAUCCCUGAUAAUAUUCCCCAUGUUGUUCAAAUACUUGUGUCAGAGCAAAUUGGUAAAUGGCUUGUUUUCAUUAACUUAUACAGGGUGUGAAAGAGCACAAGUGUGGGAUAUGUGGACGUGAGUUCACCCUUCUGGCAAACAUGAAGAGACAUGUCCUAAUCCAUACGAACAUUCGGGCUUAUCAGUGCCAUCUGUGCUACAAAAGUUUUGUCCAGAAGCAGACUCUAAAAGCACAUAUGAUUGUCCAUUCAGACAUCAAGCCAUUUAAAUGCAAGGUAAGAACUGUUUUUACUGCAUGCAUGUCCCAGAAUUCCCUGGUGUCUCUACCAUUAAAGGGACACACUAUAGUCACCAGUGCAACUACAUGUAUUCCUGACCCUAUAAUGUUAACACGACCAUCUAGCCCCCCUGGGCCCCUCAUGCCUCCAUAAACAUAGUACAAAUCUUACUGUAUUCAAGCCUGAAGCUGUAAAUCUGCAUGCUGUUAGACUCAGGAAAAACAAGCAGUCUGCUGACAUGUGAUAGCCUGAUCCAAUCACAGUGCUUCCCCAUAGGAUUGGCUGAGACUGACAAGGAGGGAGAUCAGGGGCAGAGCCAGCAUGAUUCAAAUACAGCCCUGGCCAAUAUGCAUCUCCUCAUAGAGAAGAAUUGAAUCAAUUAAUCUCUGUGAGGAAAGUUCAGUGUCUGCAUGCAGUGGGAGGAGAUACUGAAUCACAGGAUGCUCAUGCACAGCAGAUCUCCAUCAAUUCAGAAGUCCCUCUGGUUCACUCUGAGUGACUGCAACUGGAGGUGUUCCUAGCUUUCAAUGUAAACACUGUAUUUGCUCAGAAAAUACAGUGUAUACAUGAGAAAGGCUGCAGGGAGCUAUAGUUCUCACCUGAACAACCUCAUUAAGCUGAAGUUGUUCAGGUGACUAUAGUGUCCCUUUAAAACUAUUUAAUCACCUAUAGGUGAACUUGCAGACUUCUCAUGAGACCCCCCUCCCCUUGGCCUUGUCCCCUCCCUAUCCCUUUGCCCUAAAUCCCUUCUUUACUGUUUAUAUUUCUUUUUUCUGAACACUGAAAUGACGUGGCUUGCAGUAGCCAGGUUUUCACCCUCCAUAUUGUGUCCCCAAAACCUAAUUUUAAUGCCUGUUCGGAGUGCUGUGUUUCUGAUCAUCCAGGGCCUAUUGUUGGUGGUUGGAGUAUUUAUUUGGGCGUUAUUACGUUUGUAUUCUUUCUGCAGCUGAGAGAAAUUUAGUGUCAACUGGAACACAAAGGAUUCCCCUUUUCUUUUAACUUCUUAAGGACGACAUUCGCUGUAAUCCCACUUGGGUUGUUAGCUUUAACACUAGUGACUUAUGAAAAACAAAUUCCAGGAGCAGACACCACCAAUAUUAGUCCGUUUGUCUGGUAAAUAUUUAAAGUCAAACAUUUGGAAUUUUGCUACAUUGCUUUCAUCUUCAAAUAAUAAAGUGAGAACAAAUGAAAUGUGUUUUGACUUUGACGUACCCCCUGCCAACAUGGCAACAAAGUCAAAGGGAUCUUGAAGGUGUUGGCUUUCUUGGAUCUCAUUCAGCAGGAUUAAGGCAUUGACCAGAUAGCAGCUUUUCUGGCAUACGGCUCCUCCUCGGGAGAAGGAAGGAUAUCACUGCAGAAACUGCCUUCAUAACAAUACUUUCCAUCUCCCGAGGGAAUGCUUUGCAAUUAGAUUUCAUCUUGCUUUCUCUUGUACUUUUCGAAGGCUUCCUGUUUUCUCACGGUCCUUUUGGACACUUUACAGUCAUUCUCAUUUUCUCUUUCUGCUUCUCGAAGGGAAGAAACACCCUCCUUAUAUAAAAGGAUAUGAGAGAAGAGAGCACAGCAGUGGUCCUUUGAAGCGCGGUUUAAAUUUCCUUGCCUGUUUCUUAAAACAAAUAACAAAAAAAAAAAGAAAAAAAGCCCUAAGACUUCUGUGGCGUAGCAGAUCGUAUUAAUACACAAACGUUAUGAGACCACAGGUGACAUGUUAAAGGGAAAUGGCCAUCAUUUAUUAUCACUUAAAAUAAAAUAUUACAUAUAUUACAACUGCAGUGUGUACUCAUUUGAGAUGUUUACAUAUACGUGAAUACCUCCUUUCAGCGAAUCUCCAGGCUCUUAUCCUUGCUUUGUGGGUGGCAGCCAUCAUUAGGUCCUAUUUGGUCAGUAGCCAUAUUUGUUCUGCUAAUCACCAAACAUCAAAAGUCUCCCUGGUUGCUGCUGUAAAAAAAUACAUACAAGUACUUUUUAUGGUAUAUUGAAUUAUUUAUACACUUACAAACAUAAAUCAGCUAAAUUUAUGAUAUAUUUAUAUUGAGGACAAUAGAAUGGAAAUGCUCGAAUAUAUCUGCCCCCUAAAUUCUAUCCCACUUGGCUGUACAAAAAUAAUAUCAGCACAACAACAUUACCUACCUAAUGAAAUAUUAAAAAGUAACUCCUUCAGGAGGAAUUCACGUGUAAACUGCAAAAUUAGCCUUAUUGAUGUUUCGACACAUGCAGUGAGUGUUGUAUUGGCCAUCAAUGCUAUUAGAUAUUUGAGUGACGGAUGUUAAAUCUGAGCAGACAUGGCUAAGUGUCUGGGGAUGGAAUCCCAUAAGAUUCAUAGCAGGUCAGUAGCAAGGUGACAAGUUAAGACGUUAAUUCCUCAUAAACAGGUGGGAUAAAACGGAGGUCUAUCAGACCCUUUGCUGCAUAGUGCAUUAACUACUAUAUAUUCGCUAUAUGCCUCUGACACACAAACGGUUACGCUGUUGAGAAAUAUUUUAUAGUUGCAUUUCUGCUCUGAAAUAUUUUCCUCCUACAGCAAAAAUCUAUGAAAAUGAACGAUUUAAUAAGUGUUUAAUAAGUGGCCAUAUGUGUUCUUUUUUCAGCUCUGUGGGAAGGAAUUCAACCGAAUGCACAAUUUAAUGGGUCAUAUGCACCUGCACUCCGACAGCAAGCCCUUCAAGUGUGUCUAUUGUCCCAGUAAAUUCACCUUGAAAGGUAAUCUCACCAGACAUUUGAAGGUCAAGCACGGAGUUAUGGAAAGAGGAUAUCACUCUCGAGGUAAGUGUUGUUGCCUGUAAGAAGUAUUUACUUUUAUCUUAAUGUCUCCAUUAACAAGCAAUAGGUAUAUUAUUAUUAUGCCAGCUUAGAGUUUUCAAAGCGUAUGAUCACUGGCAACCGCAUUCCUCACACCCUGACCCCAUCUCUUCUAAUUCGAUAUUCCUCCCCUUAUAUUUCAAAAAUAUUUGAACCGUCCCUCUGUUUCCUUUUGGGCUGAGGAAGAAUGACAUUUGAUGGUUUUACAGAGAGGGCUUGGACACCUGCUUUGCAGCGCACCAUUGCAGUCUUCCAGUGCAUGGAGUAAUGGUAGAGUCUAAGGAUAUUGCCAAUUAUUGGGUCUUUUAAUGGGACUGCAAGAAAGCACUGCAAUUGAGACCUGUGCAUAGAGGUCCAUACAAACACACACAUUUUUUUCAAAAUGUUAAAAACGAGCCCAUAUUCAUACAAAGUGCCAAUAGAGAACUGAACAGGGUACAGUAAGGACAAGUUGCCCGAUUUUGCUCAGACCUGGUCAUUUUAAUGUAUAUAAACAUUGCUCUAUGCCAGGUAUAGGCAACCUUCGGCAUUGAAGAUGUUGUGUGCUACAUCCCCCAUAAUGCUUUUACAAAGUGCUGGCAGAGCAUCAUGGGAGGUGUAGUCCAAAACAUCUGGAGUACCGAAGAUUGCCUAUGCCUGCUCUAUGCAGUGCUCACUUUUAGUGCUGCAUACAGCUCAUCUGUCAGUCUGGGGCAACUAAGUAUAGUCCUGGCUGAGCCACAGGAUUCAAUUAAUACCUGGGACUACCUGGUACAAGCAUGGAUUUAACCCUGUUCACAAUCUGCAGGACUUUGAAUGCCAUCCUAACGGGGUUAAAGCCCACUAAUGGAACAUCCUAACAUUGUCAAGGCGUUAUCAUUACUUGUUGUUAUUAUUUUGCAAAGCAAAAAAAACUAUGCUGAAUUAAAGGGACUAAAAAAGCAUUAUAGCAACUAUAUCUCAUUUGUAGUGAUGUCCCGAACGGUUCACCGAACGGUUCGCGAACGGUUCGCGAAUGGUUCGCCACGGACUCAUCAUUGAGUAAACUUUGACCCUGUACCUCACAGUCAGCAGACACAUUCCAGCCAAUCAGCAGCAGACCCUCCCUCCCAGACCCUCCCACCUCCUGGACAGCUCACUAAGAAUGCAGCUUCACAAUGAACGUAAAAUGGAUGCUGUCCAGGAGGUAGGAGGGUGUGGGAGGGAGGAUCUGCUGCUGAUUGGCUGGAAUGUGUCUGCUGACUGCGAGGUACAGGGUCAAAGUUUACUCAAUGAUGAGUCUGUGGCGAACCGUUCGUGGCGAACCGUUCGUCGAACCGUUCGGCGAACCGUUCGGCGAACCGUUCGGCGAACCGUUCGGCGAACCGUUCGGCGAACCGUUCGGGACAUCACUACUCAUGAGUAAAUAGGCUGUGGGUGCUGUCACAUGUUUGUCUGAAAACAGUUUGGGAGCAAUAUGGUAUAAACAGGGCAGUUUUACAACCUUUAAAAUAUUUUUUUUUCAAAUAUGUUUAUAUCUGAGAAAAGUACAAUAACUGUGCUUACAUGAACUUAGUAUGUCAAAAUUUAAUGUUCUUUUUUAAAUAUUAUGUUUAUAUUUUGUGAGACAAUGUUUAAAUGUUUGUGAAAGGUAAUUAAGGUAAUUUAUCAGUGUCACAGUAAAUCACAAAAAUGCCCUUUGACUUUAAAUUUAGGUUUGGGGAGAGGAAGGACAGGACUAUCCCACUCUAUUGUACUACGCAGCACGGAACAGAAAGAACCCUUUGACCUCUCUAAUAAAAGAAGAUUAAAGAAAGCGCCAUGCCAAUCCGAUGGGGAGAGCAUAAAGGAAAACUCAUCUCAGGAUGAGGAAGAUGAGGGAUGCCACAGUCUAGGAGUAUAUGAACAAGACAUGCAAUAUGCGGCAAAACUUCAGGUGGACGAACCUCCAUCAGUAGUGAGAGAAGCAUUCAAGAGGAAGCAGGAAGAUAGGCUACAUGGUGAAAGAGUCGUAGACAGGACCAGUACAAACCACAAAGAGGAAGAAAGAGACAAUAACCUGAUCACACAAGAGGGAAAUUUUGGGAAGACUGUUCCUGAUUACCUGUUUUUCAAGAACAGAAACACUAGCUUAAAAGAACUCAAUAAAAAGAAAAUGAGAUGGACUAAUGAGAAGAUGGCCACAAAAACACAAAUUUAA